CGUCAGCACAUUCGUCCUCGGCGUUUCCCAUGUUUACAACGAGUCUCUAUCAUGAAGCUACCUAGCGAGGAGGGAGGAAGGGCCUAGAAAAUGGGUUUUAAAUGAGUUCGCUCUCCCCUCUCCUCUGCUCACCAAUUUCGAAAACCAGAUCUCCGGAAUUCCAUUUACAGAGAAUUCCAAUCAUGGGAACCGACGGUGAAAUCCGAAGAAAACCUAGAUUUCUUUGCCUCCAUGGCUUCCGAACCAGUGGAGCAAUCCUCAAGAAGCAAGUCGGAAAAUGGCCGGAUUCUGUCCUCGAACAACUCGAUCUGGAUUUUCUCGAUGCUCCAUUUCCUGCCGAAGGCAAAUCCGACAUCGAAGGAAUUUUUGAUCCUCCCUAUUUUGAGUGGUUUCAAUUCAGUCCAGAAUUUACCGAGUAUAGGAAUUUCGACGAGUGUCUCUCGUUCAUUGAGGAUUACAUGCUUAAGCACGGACCAUUCGAUGGAUUCCUCGGUUUCUCACAGGGGGCGAUACUAUCGGCCGCUCUGCCGGGACUUCAAGCGAAGGGUAUGGCACUGACGAAAGUCCCCAAGAUCAAAUUCGUGAUCAUCGUCAGCGGUGCGAAAUUCAGAUCGCAAUCUGUGGCUGAGAAAGCUUACUCGUCAGCCAUUGGAUGCCCAUCCCUCCAUUUUCUAGGUAAGGAAGAUUUCUUGAUGCCCCACGGACAGAAGCUUCUGGAAUCAUAUAUAGAGCCUGUAGUAAUUAAUCAUCCUAAAGGCCACACAAUACCAAGACUAGAUGAUAGAGGUUUGGAGGUUAUGGAGAGUUUCAUUGAGAAGAUUUCAAAGAUGUUGGAUGAGGCAGAAGAAUAAUAGUCUUAAAAGUCGCAUUGGACUAUCAAUUAUGCAGCCUUAGCCUUAAACAAUGAUGGAGCUAAUUGUAUAGUUCAUUCGAUGUAUUUUAUUUUAAAUAUUUCAUAACUAUUCUCUCCCUAGGGUUGAGUGUUGGAUCGGUAUGGCAACCCUAGAGGGGGGGUGAAUAGGGUUUUAAC